AUGGCAGCGGAUGUGACAAAAGAUACGAUCCACGAUACUAUCGCAAAGAAGCUAGACGUGACAGGUCACCUAAGUGCCACCUCAGCAACCGCCGCCAACGUGAUCAAACUCGCGGACUUGGGCUGCUCCGUUGGGCCCAACACCCUGGCUUCGAUCCAGGACCUCAUCCACGUCAUCAAGCAGAAGCAUCCUUCCUCCUCCCGACUACAGCAGCUGGAGUUUCAAGUCUUCUUCAACGACCUGCCGUCCAACGACUUCAACGCCCUCUUCCGCUCCCUCCCCGACGGCAGGGGCUACUUCGCCGCCGGCGUCCCCGGUUCGUUCCACGGCAGGCUGUUCCCGGCGUCGUCCCUCCACGUCGUCCAGCUGUACUACUCCAUCCACUGGCUCUCCGCGGCGCCAAAGGGGACACCCAACAGAGGGCGGAUCCACUACACGGGGGCAUCCGGCGCCGUAUUGGAGGCGUACAAGGCGCAGUGGGGGGAAGACAUGGGGAGGUUUCUGGCGGCGAGGGCGGCGGAGGUGGUGGCCGGAGGGAUGGUUCUGGUGGUGGGCCCCAGCAUUCCCGACGGGAUGCCGUACUCGCUGCUUGCCAAUGGGAUUAUGUUCGAUUGCAUGGCUUCCAUCCUCCUCGACUUGGCUCAUCAUGGCAUGAUAAAGGAGGAAGAAGUGGAUGCAUUCAACUUGCCGAUAUAUGCUCCACCGCCCGGAGAAAUUGAAGCCGCCGUAACAAAAAACGGGCAAUUCACCAUAGAGGCAAUGGGACUCAAUAAUCCGGCGCCGUGGUUGACGGAGGGCGUCCACGUGGACAUGGUGGAAUAUACCGGCCACAUUAGAGCCGCCAUGGAAGGAAUGUUCCUUUCCCAUUUCCCUUCCAAUGUUGUCGGGAUCCUCUUCGACCGACUGGCCGUUAUGAUGUCCCAACUGUCCGAGGAAGUGGAGUCGGCUUACAAGGACAAAAUCCAGGUCUACUUCGUGUUGUGCCGUAAAUGA